AUGGCGGCCGUGGGGUUCUGCGGUUUGAAGCCAUUGCUCUUUCGUCGCAAGACGAACAUUUUCGAGCUAUAUGAAACACUAUCGAAGUUCUGGGCACCAUUCAUAACGCAUAGCCACUUGCAGGGAACGAAAGGAUCGAGCACGCCCAAGAAGUCUUCAAAAUCUCAGAGCAAAGCAAAUGGAGAGUCAUUAGAAUUGUCAUUUGUAGGAGCAGACCAAUUGAUUUUAAUGGUGGAGAUCCAUAAGAAGAUUUUGGCAUUCAGGGACAUCAUGGACCUAGCUCCAUGUAAUAACUCUGAUUCCUUACGUGAGAUACUCAUGAGAACCCUGCAAGAUGUGCAAGGGCUUUACCCAGGGAUUAUACCAAGAAAUGAAGUUUUAAAGAUUAAGGACAAACCUAUAGACCAGGCAAUGGCCUACUUCUGCAAGGCAUUGAGGUCUCUUGGAGAGUCAUGGAUGAUGAAUAAUGAUUGGAUGGAUAAGCUCAAUAUCGUAAUGCCAUCAUGCAAGGAUAACAGCAAUAUGCGUCAAUUGGGUGAAACUAUGGUGGCCACCCUAGAUUGUUUGAUGAAGUUGGCAAGUGAGAGGUUUGAUAUAGAAGAAGAUGACCAAAAGAAAGAAUUCAGCCCAAGAUCAAGCUCAUUUGGAAAGUUUAUAAUGCGCUCUUCCUCCUUUUCAGAUGGUAGCUUCUCUGGCUGCUCUUCUCCUUCCACACCUAGAUCUGUCCUCCCAGAAUUGAUGAGAUACUCUUCAAGAGGAGACAGUCCAAGAAGUUCUUGUGCCUCACCACUUCUUUUGUCUCUCAGAGUUCAAGCUGUGGGAAAGCUUAAUCCAAUUGAUGUAAAGCGCUUAUCUUUCCACAUGUCACCAACACACAUCCACAAGACAGAAGAUGAAUCAACAGGAGAAAUUGAAGUGGAUGAUAAAACGACAAAUCAUGGAAAGGACUCAUCAGAAGAUCUAGUGUUUCAUUUGGACACAACAGAGGAAUCAAAUAGCACAAGUGAUGAUCACAAAAAAACAGCUAAACCUCAAGCUAUGGGAGAAGUGGACCUUCCACUAUCUCCUAGACAACUUCAACAACAAUCUCACGAACCAGCACAAACACCUCUUCUACAAGCAUCAGUACCUGCAUCCUUAUCACCUUCUCAUCUAUCCUCACCCCUACCCAUUCCCACACCAUCUAUUAUGGCACAGCCAAAGACUGUGCCACAACCUCCCCCACCACCUAUGAUAGUGUCAAAGGCUGUGCCCGCACCACCCCCACCACCCAUGAUAGUGUCAAAGACUGUGCCCACACCACCCCCACCACCUCCUCCGCCGUCCAUGCUAAUGCCAAAGACUGUAACAAUACCAACAACACCUGUGGUGAAGCCAAAUGUAGCAAUGCCACCACCACCUCCACCAUCAGUACCCAAAUUGGAGCAAAGUGCAGCAACAGUUAGGAUGCCUCCACCUCCACCACCACCAAUGCCUCUAAGUUCGGGUUCAACAGCAACAGUUUUAGCUCCUCCUCCACCCCCUCCACUUAUGCCCUUGAAAGGUGGAUCAGUUCCUGCACCUCCACCGCCCAUGCCACGCGGUGGAAAUGGAGGUGCCCCACCACCACCUCCUCCUCUUGGAGCAGGAAGAUCCUUGCGCCCCAAGGCAACUAGUAAACUGAAAAGGUCAACACAAAUAGGCAAUUUGUAUCGAACUCUUAAGGGAAAAGUCGAAGGGUCUAGCCUACCUGGGAAAUCUUCUGCGGGUAGAAAAGGUGCAAUUGGAGGCGGAAGCACUGGAGGGAAACAAGGAAUGGCUGAUGCUCUAGCAGAGAUGACAAAAAGAUCCUCUUAUUUCCAACAAAUAGAAGAAGAUGUUCAGAAGUACACAACACAAAUCAUAGAGCUAAGAUCUAGCAUCACUAAUUUCAAGACAAAGGAAAUGCCAGAACUGAUCAAGUUCCAUAAACAAGUUGAAUCCGUUCUUGAGAAUCUAACUGACGAAUCACAGGUUCUAUCACGGUUUGAAGGUUUCCCCACAAAAAAGUUGGAAGCCAUAAGAAUGUCGACAGCGCUAUACAACAAGUUGGAUUCAAUUCUUACUGAGCUUCAAAAUUGGAAAAUAGUGCCUCCCAUGGGUCAACUCCUGGACAAGAUUGAACGUUAUUUCAACAAGAUUAAAACCGAUUUAGAUGCUUUGGAACGAACUAAAGAUGAAGAAUCUAAGAAGUUUAAGGGCCACAACAUCGAAUUUGACUUCCACAUUCUUAUAAAGAUCAAGGAAGCAUUGGUGGACGUUUCUUCCAAUUGCAUGGAGUUAGCACUUAAGGAAAAGCGCACUGCUGCAAAGAGUGAUGGGCCUAAAAAGGAAGGUGCUGCAAUGCUUUGGAAGGCUUUCCAAUUUGCAUUUCGGGUCUACACAUUUGCUGGUGGGCAUGACGAUCGUGCUGACAAUUUAACAAGAGAAUUGGCUCAGGAAAUAGAAAGUGACCCGAAUCAUCCAUGA